AUGAGUUCAUGGAAGGGUUCACAACCUAUUUCACUUAAACUAAAGGAAAUGUAUCAGAUGAUUACUCUUGGAGGUGAUGCAGAGCUUGAAUUAGUGGAUUCUUUAGAUCCUUUCUCAGAAGGUGUGGUGUUUAGUUUAGACCCCCGAAAAAAAGUUGGAAAAAUAUCGCUAAUUUAUCAGGGGAGAAAAGACUUUGAGUUCACUAGCUCUUGUGUUUGCACUACAUCAUUACAAGCCAACACCUCUUUAUGUUAUGGAUGA